ACUGCAAUGUCUUUGUGGAUCAACUAUUUCUGGAUCAUCUUGGCUGGGGCCAUCAUUGUCGUCUCCUUGGUCCUAGGCCUCAUCCUAUACUUUGUCUGUCGGUGCCAGCUCAGACAAGGCAAGAAAUGGAAAAUUUCCAAGUCCAUGAAACAAAUCCAUGGAGAUGAAGAAGAGAAGAUGUAUGAGAAUGUUAUUAAUCAAUCACCAGAUCAGUUACCCCCUCUGCCACCCAGAGAUUUGCAUUUUCUAGGAGAUUCUUCCCUACAGGAAAUCCCAGCUCAGUCACCACCUAUGUAUUCAUCGGUGAAUAAAAUUAGAAACAAGAAGCCCGUUUCCAGCCUGGGCUACACCGAGCCUGAAAAUGACUAUGAUGAUGUUGAAAUACCUGCAAAUACGGAAAGCCAUCAUUUUAAAACAACCAUGUCUUCUUUUUGA